GUUAUCGACCUAAUUCCGUUGCUAGAAACAUUGGCACACAGUAUGGAUACGCAGAACAGCAAGUCAUAACUUCAGAUUUACCUCCGGAACUGCGUUACAUCGACGCUUUGGUUAAAACUCACAUUGAAAAUGAACUAAAAACGUUGAAAGGACAAUCUAAGGGCAAUGAACCUGACAAAGAACCAGAUAAAGCAAGCAUACUGGUCAAACGGGAACGACUUGUCAAACAAGCAGACGAACAAUUCCUAAUUCAUUUAAGGGAAUUUAUGGACAAAACACCCAUGGAGAACGAAGUGGAAGAAACUGAAGAUUCAUCUGCCCACAGAACAAGUAACCAAAGCAUCCAAGUAGCGCCGGAUCAAAGAAUUCAAGUAACUGAUAAUGAAAUCUGUCGGAUUCGUCGGGCUCUUGUUCGGCACAUCGAACUGAAGGGGACAGAAAAUAUCUUAUCAACAUUCGACCUAACAGAAUGGGAAAGCAACUGUCAGUGAUUUGACCUGGAUCACAGCAACACAAGUUCCGUCUCCGUCAUCUUCCACCGAGAUUCUUUUAUUAAGCUGCUUUAUUUUUUCACACUUUUAUUUCCUGAUUUGUAUCAGUUGUCAAUAUAUCGCCGAG